AUGGAAGCGGACGAGGAUAUGAAGCCAAUAAUUAUCAAGGAAAAUGUGUCACUCGAAGCCUACAUCAAAUAUUCUUACGAAGUAGCUCUCACGUCCCAUGGAUUUGUAGUAGGCAGAAUUGCACACUUGACAAGUAACUGGAAUAAUCAACUACGUAAUGUACAAGAGGAGGAUCUUAUUGUGGGACCGAAUAGUUACUAUACUGCUGAUCUUACCAUCCGACCACGAGGACGUCCUAGACCUCUACCUGGCCAGGGAUCUAACUCAGAAGGGAAACCAUAUCCAACGCUGGUUGUUGAAGUUGGCAACAGCGAGUCUGUUCCUAGUUUACAUGAUCUCUCGACAG